CUGAGUGACGAUCGACAGAGGAGGUCGACGAGGAAGACGGCUGAGGAAGACGAGCUGAGGGGAUGAGGAGAUCGACUGAGGAAGACGGCUGAGGAGAUCGACUGAGGAAGAUCGACUGAGGAAGACGGCUAAGGCAGAUCCACCCAGGUAAGCUUCGAACCCUAGAGUGUUGUUGGUGAAAAGGUCUACCAACGAGGGUGAGCCGAAACCCUAUAGGUUCAGCUCUGAUACCAUGAAGCUUGAAUAAUCAGCUUAGGGUAUGAUGAGAUAUCACCCCUUAUUUAUAAAUGAAGAUUAGGGUUUACAAACAAGACAAUUACAAGAUGAUCCCUGAGGGCAUAACAAUGAUUACAGACCAUAGUGCCUUUCGGCUAAUAAAAUACUAAGUGACUUUCGGUGAUUAUAAUAUGCCAACAGAAAUUCUAAUGUCCCAACUAGGGGGUACGGUGGCGAUGGAGGCCGCAGCUACAACCACACCGAAGAAGAAACCAAGAAAUGGGCUCAUCGACGCCAUUGGCAACACUCCUUUGAUCAGAAUCAUGAUGAGAUGGCUCAAGGUGGAGUAGUUACAGAGGGGAGUGCUGGGAGCACAGCUAUCAGUCGUGCAACUGUGGCUCCGGCCUAUGGAUGCAAAUGCCGUGUGGUUAUCCCAGAUGACGUUGCUAUUGAGAAAUCUCAAAUACUUGAAGCCCUUGGAGCUACUGUUGAAAGGGUUAGGCCAGUGUCAAUUACACACAGAGACCACUACGUCAAUGUUGCAAGGAGAAGGGCAUUGGAAGCA